GGGGCGGUCUGGCUCUAACUUUGGGAGAUUGUGUCAGUGUGGCCGCUGUUGCCUUCGGAGGAGCACUCACAGCCUCAGAAAGAGAUCCUGGUUGCUAUGGCGUCAACCGAGGAAAACGCAGAGAGCAGAGAUCAGGCGGUACCUGACAGAGAUGAUGAGGGCGGAGACGUCCGGGGAGUCCAGUCGCAAUACCUGCGCUGCGCUUCCCCCAGUUUCUCCAUGGCAUCUGAGUCCAGGUUCUCUGCAAUCUCUGGAUCUGACGCUGCGAGCAUUUUCAUGGAGCCCAUCCACCUCUCUUCAGCCAUUGCUGCCAAGAAGAUCAUCCAUGAGGAGCUGCCACCUCGUGGCAUACGAACAGAGUCUAUCCCGGAAUCCAUGCUGGAAUCAGCCGAGCAGCUGAUGGUGGAGGACCUCUACAACCGGGUCCGGGACAUGAUUGACGACCGAAGCCCCUACAACACCCCCUGUGUGCUGGACAUCCAGAGGGCUAUGGUGCAGGAGCGCCUGGAGGCUCCUAGCAACCCUGUGGACGAGGUGUGGCCCAACAUCUUUAUCGCUGAGAAGUCUGUCGCAGUCAAUAAAGCUCGAUUAAAGCGAAUGGGGAUCACACACAUCCUUAACACAGCCCAUGGAACUGGAGUCUACACCAACGAGUCUUUCUACGCUGGCAUGAACAUCCAGUACAUGGGCAUCGAGGUGGACGAUUUUACUGAAGCCGACAUCUCACCACACUUUCGGCCAACUGCCGAAUUCCUGGACGAGGCGCUGCUCACACAUAAAGGGAAGGCCCUUGUUGUUUCCAUGAUGGGGGUUAGUCGCUCUGCUGUCCUGGUGGCAUCUUACCUGAUGAUCUUCCAGAAUAUGACCAUCAUGGAAGCCCUCACAACCAUGCGGAAAAAACGAGCAAUAAAUCCCAACGAGGGUUUCUUGAAGCAGUUGCGAGAGCUCAAUGAAAACCUGCUGGAGGAGCGAGACGACGACGAUGAAACACUCAGCCAGUGUUCAGUGAUUGACGCCCGUGCUAGAGCCCAGAUCUUUGGUGAAACCUCAGUUGACGAUGAAGACGAUACAGAUAAAGAGGAAGAUCAGAGUAUGUUGGAAGUGAAAGCCCAUUCAAUAAUGAUGGAAGAGGAGGAAGAUGGAGGUAGUGUGAUGAGCAGCGUGGCCUCAUCUGCGGCUGCCGCAGCGCUCAAAAGUGGGCUGGUCGGGCCGCAAAACGGGCUGGAUAGCCACGACUCCUCCGCAGUUGAAGAGAAACUAGUUCUGCUUGAGAAUCCCAAGCCAAAUGGAGAGGAGAAUGAUGACAAUCUUGACUCCAUGAUCCAUGAGUGGCAGCAGCGAAAUGAGAAAUACCAGAAUGAAGAGUGGUGGGAAGCGCAGCUCAACAGUGAAGAUGAGGAUGUGGAAUCUCUCCUCGGGGUCCAUCCAAAGCGAGCAAAAGACCUGGCACACACUGAAGUGGAAAGUGUAACCAGUGAGCAAGUAAAAGCAGUGAAGGAGAAGAUCAAGUGUCGCAGCAGGCGCCUGCCUUCCGACGCAGCGUCGACCUCCAGCUGCACCAGCUAUUCUGAUCUUUGGAAGCAAAGACUCAAGGAGAUAGAGGAAGAAGCUGCUGCCCGUUACAGGAGGAAAGAGGACGACGAGGGCAGCGACAACACAGCUACAGAAGCUGGAGAAGGAAAUACAAGGAUUGACGACGAAGUGGAGAGCAUCCUCUCUGACACCAGCUCCAUGUACAACUUUUGUCAGAAAAACAAGGAGAAGAUGACGCCUUUAGAGCGUUGGCGUGUCAAAAGAAUCCAGUUUGGUUGGAAUAAAAAAGAACGUGAGGACGGAGAGAAAAGUUCCAUCGCUGACGGAGAAAAAGGCGUGAGUGAGGAUGACGCUAAGACAGUUUCCUUCAAAGACGUCAACCUGACUGCGUACCAGGCCUGGAAGCGGAGGCAGCAAAAGCGUCUUGGCGAGGAAAACACUGAUGAGAUCCUGGAACUCAGUCGAGGCGAGGAUUCUGCCACAAUCAAAAGGAGACAAAGACGGGAGGAGAUUCUAGAGCGUUCCAAGAAAACUUUAGAGGAAAGUCAGUCCAUGUGUGGCUGGGAGACAGAAAGCUGCAUUAGCGGAGGGACGAUACCUCUGUCUGCCUUCUGGGCUGAUGCUGGUGUCACAGGCCCUCCCAGUGUCAACAACGAUGAUAACAUGUCCAUGCUCAGUGGCAGGUCAUCUAUCAUAACUUCAGUUUCACAAGCUCGCAGUACACGAUCUUCAUCAUCUGUAGUCCCUCCAGUACCACCAAUUCUCCCAGUUCCUACUGUGCAAGGCCCCACAGGAGAACCAAUGGUCAACCUGGCCAGUAUCCAGAACUGGAUCGCCAACGUCGUCUCUGAGACGAUCAAACAGAAGCAGAGUGAAAUGAGCCUGCCCCCUCCCUCACAAGCUGGCUCUGAACUCAGCUUCGCUGGUGGAUCAAGCCUUCUUGCAGGCCGAGUCGUAGACGAUGACAGAGCGUCUUUGUUAAGUGGUGCUUCCUAUUCCAGCGCUCUCUCCAAAGGUCGGGGCCGGGCGUCCUCUGUCCUGUCAGACAGCAGGUUGAGCAGCACCUCAAGCCUUAGUGGGCGAGGGUCCGCCCUCAGGUCUGAGUUUGACUCCACUCUGGGUUCCAAGAAAAAGAAGAUCACCACCACCAGCGUCCCGUUGUUCAGUCUCUUCCAGGACCAGGUCAACCUGGACAAGCUGGACUCUAUGGACAAGGAGAUCAAGUCAGAGAUGAGGGAGAAGAUGGCCACCUAUGAAAAGAAGAAGAUCCUAGAAGACAACAAACGCAGCACUCUCUACAAAAAAAAGAAACCAAAGGAGGAGGAUGAGGAAGAGGAGGACAAGAAAAAAAGAGAGGAGGAAUUUCUUGAGGAAACAAAAAAGAAGGAGAAACCAAAGAGGACAUACGGCUUAUCGGGAUGCCUCAAUCUUAACCCUGCACUGGAGAAAGACAAGGACACCAGCGUUGACGACUGGCUAAAAAGUGUCAGACCUCCCCAAAGGAAACAAUUUUCAGUGGAAGAUCCAUCAGAAGAUCCGUAUGAUGAUCUCGAUGCCUCGGCCUCUGAGUUUGACUUCUCAAGCCGCAGAGCGUCCUAUUCCGUAGAAGACAUCGACGAGGAAGCAUAUGGCAUCACAUCCAGGCUACAGUCCAGAAUCUGUGAGGAUUUAUCAGGUCAAAACAGGGAGCUUUUGUGCGAAGGGUUCACACAAUCGCAAAGCAGCAGGCUGUGCAGGACUCGGGAGCAAGCCGAGGAAACGGAGAGCAACAGCGACUUCUCCUCCAGGAGAAAGUUCACUCAUCACUCACGGUAUGAAGGCAAGGAAACGGGUGCAACGGGGAGCAGGAAGGAGGACAACAGUAGCGAUGAGGAAGAAGAUGUAGCUGCCUUCAUCGCCCAAACCAGACAGAGAAUCAGAGCUCGAGCUCUCGCCGAGGCCGAAGACGACGAGGUGCUCGCUGCGUGGAGAGCACAGCAGGAAGCAAAGUGUCAGAGCAGGAGUGAAUUUUAGGAAAAUAGUUCAACAGCUUUUUGGCUUUUUUAAAAAGUUGGCAUUAGAAAUUUAAAAAAGAAUUGUGUUGUAUAGAUGUAGUAUCAUAAGUAACACUCGUUAUUUGAAUCAAAAUGAUGUAGAAAAUCCUCCAAACACACACAUCCAAAAUUAAGCUACAUUUAGUUUUGUCGUUUCUCGUCAGUAAGUCAAACCACUUUGGAAGCAUACUUGAAGAAAAGAAGCAAUCUAAUUUGUAAGAUUUUAAAAUAAAUAAAUGUUUGCAUAAGCAGUGGUCUGUGGAUUAAUUUCAUUCAGUUGUCUUCUGAUCUGCCCCACAAAGUGGAGACCACAAUAAAUUACCUAAAAUAAACCACAGAAUUAAAAAACUUGCUUCUUCCCUUGCUUCCCCAGGCCUUUACCACCCCCUUAUGUCUCUGCCAGCCUGGUCAGUGCUGGACGUGACAAAUUCGUGAAAGCAAAACAAAAAGUCAAAGUGGCAGAUUUUCUGUUGGUUUUAUCUUAAUAACAACCAUUUUUAGAAGAACCUUCAGAAGUACAUUGUUGGAUUUUCUUGGCAACAAAUGUUUUUUCAAAUAGCUUCCCAUUGAUGCUUGAGGAGUUAAAAAUCUCAAGGAGUUCAAAUUUGUAGCUGGUACUAAAGGUGUUUUUUUUUUGGAAAACUCCAAAGGGUCGUCCCGAGGUCAAAGGUCAACAAAACUUGUGCACUUAAUCUGGAGGUGUGUGUGUGAAAUUUAAUUCAGAUUACUGAAAUAAAAGUUUUAUUUUUCCAUAUUGUGGGUAUGGGUAAAAAACUCCUAAUUUCCAACUUUGUUACAAAAUGGAAUAUAUAUUUCCCUUGGGUGCAUACCCAACACGCGUGUUUUGAAUUUGUAAGUGGAUUCUAAAAUAUUAUUUUGAGUCCCAUAUGAGAUUUUGGUCCCAUUCAUUUUUUUGACACUUCCUUGGAUGUCACCAUUUUUUUUCGGAGGGGGGACCAGAUACUAUGCCCAAAAUUCCUUUUCACCGGGUACUAGACGCGUGCAAAUUUUGGUACGUUUUUUAACAUGGGGCAGGGGCAAAAUUGUGGUAGCGUGAUGCGGUGGUAGUGUUAUGGUAUGGGGCUGCUUCCUGUUUUGGGCAACUUGAGAAGGCACACAUUGUCCUCAUCCCUAAUGGAUCUAAAAAAGAAUACAAAGGGUUAAAUCAUAACUCUUUGCAUUUUCUGUCAAUUUGAGAGUUUUUAUUUAAUAUUUGAAUUUGUGUUAUCUUCCUUUUGGAGAGUAUGGGAUGUCAAAGAACAUUAAGGAAGCCCUUGUAGAAGAAGAAGAGAAGGGAGAAAACUUGUGGGCUCUAUGAAACUGUAAACAUCACUCUUGUUCUAACAAAUGUAAAACUUCCACCUUAAGGACAUUUAAAAUUUGCUGUAAAGAGCAACUGCAGAUCCUCUCCAAGGCAGCAUGAAAGCAGAACAGGAGCUCAAUCCUCCUGGAGACAUAAAAAGUGAUGUGAAAGCUCCCCCUUGUGUCAAUAAAAGGACUUCGUCUGUUGCUUUCCACCUGGAAGGAGAUCUGCGUAAGUCCCUUAGGCAGUAACCGUAUAAUAAUCUCAGCAAAGGAUUUGUUCCCAGGACCCUCACAAAGACAGGCGACCUUAAACUCUCCAACCCUGCUGGCCCAGCCAGGGGCAUUUAACCCACAUCACCAAGCAGAGAAAAAGACGUUGAGGCUGCUUCCACUGAUGAGCUCCCACUCUCCAGGAGACAUGUUCCUGUUCCAGACAAGAACAAGUGCAGUUCUUUCUUCUGAUCAUCCAGGUGAAAGAGCAGAACCCUGCAGAGAAGCUGCACCUGAGCCACUCAGCAACGGGAUGCAGGAGAGUUCACUCAUGGAUGCUGACGUCAAGGGGUUAGUGAAAGUCAAACAAGAGAGCCCGGCCCAGAUGCCAUCCGCCAAACAAAACCCAGAGAAGGAAAUGAAAAGCAACAAAGAAGAUUCUUCUGAGAAUAACAGCAAGGAUGGGCUAGAGAAUGAUGGGAAGAAAACUUCGAAGUAUAAAACUGUGUCCUAUAGAAAGAUCCGCAGAGGAAACACCAGACAGAGGGUUGAUGAGUUUGAGGCUAUGGUGAACUCAUAGCUCUGUGCUCCAAGCAUGAUGACACAUAGUGAUUAUGCAUAAAUGAAAAAUUGUAUAGGGAUGCUCCAUCAAAAAUGGUAUUUUGUUGUUUUUUCUACAUAAUUUUGGGGCUUAAAAGCACUUUUCUUUUGUUGGAAAACAAGAAAACUGGCUCCCUUUUUUUUAAUGUGCAACAAGCUUCUUCAUGUAUGUUUUGCCUAAAUCUUUUUAUCAAAUGUCAUGCUUCUGGAUUAAAGAAAACAGAAUUUAGCCAUUGCAAAUUUGCAAAACAAUUCCUACUUCUAUGGAAAGAUGUUUUCUUGUUUAAACAGAAUAAUAAAGAUAGAAGGAAAA